AACAAAACUAAACACAAUUUCAUUUUAGAUUUAUUUUAGGUUUUUAAUCAUCAGAAGGUUAAACAAAAUGUAAUUUUGGUGUGAUGUACUGCAUGUAAAAAUUAUUUUUGCAAUGAUACCCAAAAAUCAGCCCACGGUGUGUUUUCUCUCUUUCUUCUUUGUGUAGAAAACACCAGUUCUGGAGCUGAAAACAUGACCGGAGGCACAGCACAUAACACCACGAUGCAGGAAUUUACAGGCUUUCAGAUAUUUUCAUUAUGCAUUUUUAUUCCCACCUUUGUAGUGGGUCUCAUUGGAAAUGGGCUUGUAAUAUUUCUGACUGGCUGCAGAAUGAAGACGACCGUGAACUCCAUUUGGUUUCUCAACUUAGCGAUUGCAGACUUCACCUUCAUGUUUUUUUCAAUCAUUUGUUCAGUUAUUCUCUCAGUUUUGGGCCGGCAACAGAGUCGAUUAAUGAUUGACUAUUUCUUCAUGGUGUUACCAUUAAAUCAGUUUUCUAGCAUUUUUUUUCUUGUAGUUAUCAGUCUGGACCGAUGCCUGUGCACAUGGUUGGUUGUUUGGGCUAAAAAUAAACGAACUACACUUAAAGCCAAGAUCAUCUGCAUAAUUGUGUGGGUUACAUCCAUCAGCUGCAGCAUUCCUUUCUAUAAAAAAAAUAUGCCUCUGAUUGCAUUUAAAUUUACAGUGGGCUUCCUCAUCCCCUUUCUGAUCAUUGCAUUUUCAUACACAGCUAUUGGACUACGAAUCAAACGCCUGAAGAGGGGAAAACAGCUCAGGUUGUACCGGGUUAUUAUAACUGUAACGCUGGCAUUUUUCAUAUGUUGGUUUCCAUAUUAUGUUUGCGUUUUUUCUUCAAAAAUUCCAGAAGAAAAUGAAAGGAGUGGCACUGACCAAGACAUAUGCAAGAUUGUCAGCAUUUACCUGGUUUGUCUAAACAGCUGUCUGAACCCCAUUCUCUAUGUGUUCAUGUGUGAUGAGUAUAAGAAGAAGCUUAAACAGUCUCUGCUGCUGGUGCUGGAGACGGCUUUUGCUGAAGAUCAUCUGGACUUUAAGGCAGAUGCAAAAGAACAAUCAGGACAUGAAAACUCAACUGAAAAUUUAGAUAUGUAGAAAACUGCUCCCCAAAUGAUAGACCGGGACAUAAUCAAGCUUUAUCGUUAUUUAUCUAGCAACUUCAACAUUCAUGUCUGAUGCAUAACUGUGUGUAAUGUAUGUUGUAAAAUCAAUCAGAGAAACUAUCUUAAGGUACAGGCUAAUACCCAUUAUACUGUAAAUGUUUGGGAAACGUUUUAUGAAUCCAAAUAUGCAACAAUCUAAUUUUGUUCUGCUGAUUUCUGUUUGAACUUUAUUCAGAAUAAAACCACAGUGUAUGAAAAACAUGUUAACUGAAUGUAAUGGUAAUGUACUUUCCUAAAAAGCUAAAUUUUUUAAAUAAAAUAUC